AUGACGCCCUUAUCGGUAAGAAGCAAUUUCUUCCAGGCAACCGAACCCACACUAUACAUAGUAAAGGGUAUGUGCAUACUCGACAGUGACGGGAACAGAAUUCUGGCCAAAUACUACGACAAGGAUGUGCUCACAACAGCAAAAGAACAAAAGGCUUUUGAAAAAAACCUAUUCAACAAGACACACAGAGCCAAUGCCGAGAUCAUAAUGUUGGAAGGUCUGACUUGUGUCUAUAAGAGCAAUGUGGAUCUGUUUUUCUACGUUAUGGGCAGCUCACAUGAGAAUGAGCUCAUUCUACAAUCUGUGCUGAACGCUUUGUAUGAGUCUGUCAGCAUAUUGCUCCGGAGAAAUGUUGAGAAGAGAGUCCUUCUUGAAAACCUGGAUGCUGUAAUGUUGGCCUUCGAUGAGAUAUGUGAUGGAGGUGUAAUCUUAGACUCUGACCCUGGCUCCGUAGUAGCCCGAGCUGCCCUGAGACCGGACGACGUGCCUCUCGCCGAACAAACCGUGGCUCAGGUACUGCAGUCGGCCAAAGAGCAGCUAAAAUGGUCCCUUUUGAAAUAA